AUGGCUGACGUGCUGCCAGAAGGCUGGGGCGCCUAUCAGGACGAUCAAGGGCGCACGUAUUACGCGAACGUCUCGACCGGGGAGACCAGCUGGGAGCCUCCUGCACCAGCUGUGGCUCUUCCCGAAGGUUGGACGGCACACCAGGAUGAGCAGGGCCGGACAUUUUAUGCAAAUUGUACCACAGGGGAGUCCAGUUGGGACCCGCCCGCGCCAGCACCAGCCGCACCAGCCCCUCCGGCGCCUGUGCCCACCCCUGCACCUGCCGGGCGCUGGUCGGUGGACUUCACGUAUACCAUCGGCCCUGAGGGUUCAGAGCACGUUUUCUCUGGCAAGGUGCAGCUGCUAGACAGAUCUGUGUACACAUCGGUGGGGUCCGUCGUGGAGACUCUGAAUCGUGGUUCACCUGCCGUGCCAGAAGGCUACUGCGUGGUGUUCUCCAACUCCAAACGAAAUUACUUCCUGCUGUGGCGGGAAGACAAAGAAGCUGAAGCAUUCGCAUUGCUUGGCAUCGGCACGGACAGCGGGGAUCAGUGGUCAACAUCCCAGGUGUUGAGGUUGGACCCUUCUUGGACAGAGGAGUUUUUCGCCGGGCGCUGCGACGUUGUCGACAAGGCGCGCUACGACUCCGUGACUGCCGCUGUCGACGCGUUGAACGCGGGCAUUGUGAUCGAAGGGCAGCAGGGCUAUUGUGCGGUCUGGUCUACUUCGCAGCAGUGCUUCCAUCUGGUGUGGCGCCAGGACAAGGAGCAAGAGGCCUACGCUGCACUGGGAGUUCGCUGA